CACAGACACAGACCAAACAAAACCAAACCAAUAUUUCACUGUCAAAAUGGCUGCAGGGCCAAUUGCCGAGAGAAAUCAAGAUGCCACGAUUUACGUUGGUGGUUUGGACGAUAGAGUUACAGAGGGCUUGCUAUGGGAGCUUUUUGUACAAGCUGGACCCGUCGUUAAUGUACACAUGCCAAAGGAUCGUGUCACACAGACACAUCAGGGAUAUGGAUUUGUUGAGUUCAUGGGUGAGGAAGAUGCUGAUUAUGCUAUAAAGGUAAUGAAUAUGAUAAAGCUAUAUGGUAAACCUGUUAGAGUAAAUAAAGCAUCAGCACAUCAGAAGAAUCUCGAUGUAGGGGCCAAUAUCUUCAUAGGAAACUUGGACCCAGAAGUGGAUGAAAAACUUUUAUAUGACACAUUCUCUGCAUUUGGAGUUAUAUUGCAAACACCUAAGGUAAUGAGAGACCCAGAAACAGGCAACUCCAAAGCAUUUGCAUUCAUCAACUUUGCUUCUUUUGAGGCCUCCGAUGCUGCUAUAGAGGCAAUGAACAACCAGUAUUUGUGCAACAGACCUAUUUCCGUAUCAUAUGCUUUCAAGAAGGAUGUUAAAGGAGAGAGACAUGGUUCUGCUGCUGAAAGAUUGCUCGCCGCACAAAAUCCGCUAUCGCAUGCAGAUCGUCCUCACCAGUUGUUCGCGGAUGCUCCACCAACCAUGUUGGGGCCUGUAUUGAUGGCACCACCACCGCCGCCGACGCCGCAGCCCAUGCCGCCAGGUCCUAUGAACGCGAGACCACCUCCUCCGUUACCAAUGACUGCACCACCCCCGCCGCCAUCGUCAAUGCCUCCUCCUGGACCGCCUCCGCCACCUGGACCACCUCCACCUCCUCCUCCAUUCCAUCACUUUCCACCACCCCCGUUCGGACCACCUGGUUUUGGACCGCCUCCUCCACCAGGCGCUCGCCCCCCACCUCCAUGGCGACCACCGCCGCCAAACUUCAGGCCACAGUUCCCCCCGCGUGGUCCACCUCCCUUCGGCCAUCCUCCUUUCCCCCCGCACCACCCGCCUGAACCUAAUUAUAAUUACUAAUUUAAGUUUUAAAUAGAAUUUUGUGUAAUGAAGAAUAUUUUUUGUAAUUUCCUGAGUUUUGUAGUCCCAUAGACAUAUUAUUCCAUUAACAUACACUACCAAAAAAUAUAAUAAAUGAAAACCUGGUUGCACAGUAUCAUAGAUGUGUAUAGGGGUGCAAUAUAAAUAAAGUUUUCGACGUGUGCACAAAUGAUUCCCUAAGGACAUUUAUAGAAAAAUAUACUUGUGUCAUCGAUUUCCCACAAAUUGUUCAGAGCUAGUACAUUAUUUAUUCAGCUGAAUGGCUUCAUUUGCUGGCGGAAAUAUCGAAACGUCCGGUGCGGACUAGACUGCUACUACCAAAUGUUAAAAUUCACUAGAAAUUCACUUCGAGUUUCUUCUGCAGGCGUUAAUAGCCACUCUUCUGUUAGAAUCAUAUUUGUAAUAAAAUUUCAACUUAUCUUUUUUAUUUCUAUUCAAUAUGCCAUUUUUAUUACAAUCACGAGUACGUUUUAAACACAUAUUUUAAACAGCGGCGGGAAUUGGAAAAAACGCGAUAAAUGUUUUGAAUUUUGAACGAGUUUUAAAACGUAAAUUGUACUUGUAAGUUGCUUUGCAGCCAGUUUCAUUUGUUAUAAACUUUGAUAGAACGGAAAAACUUUAAUUGGUAUGUUACAUAUAUACCAAUUCAAUUAAUUUAAAACGGUAAAUCAUUAUUGAUUAAUACGAAAUUAUGACGUGUGAUUAAGGUAACAACAAUGAAUGAAUCCUAAGUCACACAAUAACGUUUACACGACUAGACCUCUUAGAAAAUUUUUAGUUUCGUUUAGAAACAUUUAGCCUCUCUACGAAUGUCAUAUUAAAUGUUUGGGAGCGUAUAACGUUAAAAUUUUGAAUAUUUCUAGUUUUAUUUUAAAAAGGUGAUGUUGUUUUAUUCAUUAGGUAACGUAUCUACUUUCCAUAUGAGUAAAGGUUUUUGAUAUCUUAUAUAUUUACGGAAUGAUCGCCUGAGUACACUUAACGAUUACACCCUGUAUACAAAACAAGCUCCCAACAGUCUGAUGUCUCUAUAACUUAGUAUAAGAACAUAAUAGAGAGAAUAGAGUCCGUAGACAGUUCCGAAGUGUUGUACUUUUUGCAUUUACUCGUAUUUUCACUUCUUACCAUAUUCAAUAUACAAAUAUAAUCGUCAAAGCAAUGUGUUACAUACUAUAAGGCAAUUUACUCGUAGGUUAUUUAUUAUACUAGAAACCACAAAGGUAAACGAAAAAAAAAAUUAAAGGCAAUUUGUGAUAGAAGUACCUACACUUAAUACAUUUUAGGAUGUAAGUGUCUUUAUGUACCCAAUGUAAAUAUCGAUUUAUAAUCUUUGUAAAAGCGAGGCUUUUUUGAUCUUGCAGUCUUACUUUACAGUUUUGUGGGACUAUAAGUUCAUGAAAAUUGUCA